CCCAAAAUUUGACCAUGCGUACGAAAUUCACAUCUUUGUUGGGGACUGACGAUGGACUUUCCCCUCUUUAGCUUCCUUCUGGUCUGGGGGAAAUGAGAAAACUCUUGGGUUCAAGCCCACUCGAGAUCGUGUUUUGUUUCUUCAUUUCCUUCGUAGACGCGGAGUCAGAGACGGAGUUGGAUAAACCAAAGCAGAUCGAUUGUUAAUUCAACAGCUAUACUCUGUCUAUGUUUAUAUGACGCGGAAGCUUUAAGGCUGAAAUCUCGGUAGAAAAAUGGAGUGGAACACGAUUCAUCAUCUGGAUCUACGGCAUGUAGGGAGAGGUCUAAAACCAUUGCAACCUCAUGCUGCCGCAUUUCAUUCCCAUCAGGCGCUCGUUGCGGUCGCCAUCGGGACUUACAUCGUCGAAUGUGAUGCAUUAACUGGUUGCAAGAUCUCUUCCCUUGACAUUGGGGCUCGAGUUGUUCGCAUGUCUUAUAGCCCCACAAGUGGGCAUGCUGUGAUUGCAAUGCUUGAGGAUUGCACAAUUAGAUCUUGUGACUUUGACUCAGAGCAGACAUGUGUCUUGCACUCCCCUGAAAAAAAGAUGGAACAAAUUUCAUCUGAUACAGAAGUGCAUCUUGCUUUGACACCCCUACAACCUGUUGUGUUUUUUGGAUUCCACAAAAGAAUGAGCGUGACAGUUGUUGGAACGGUUGAAGGGGGUAGGACACCAACAAAAAUUAAGACCGACUUGAAGAAGCCUAUUGUGAAUCUUGCAUGCCAUCCUCGUCUACCUCUAUUGUACGUGGCAUAUGCUGAUGGUUUGAUUCGAGCAUAUAACAUUCAUACUUAUGCUGUUCAUUAUACUCUGCAACUUGACAACACUAUAAAACUCAUUGGUGCUGGAGCAUUUGCAUUUCAUCCAACUCUGGAGUGGAUUUUUGUUGGUGACCGAAGGGGUACUCUUUUGGCAUGGGAUGUUUCAACUGAGAAACCUAGUAUGAUUGGAAUUACGCAAGUAGGUUCUCAGCCAAUUAUUUCAGUUGCUUGGUUACCAAUGCUGCGGUUACUUGUAAGUCUUUCCAAGGAUGGAAACCUCCAAGUUUGGAAAACGCGAGUCAUUCUGAAUCCAAAUAGACCUCCCAUGCAAGCAAAUUUUUUUGAGCCUGCAGUGAUUGAAUCAAUCGAUAUACCUCGCAUCCUUUCUCAGCAGGGUGGAGAAGCAGUUUAUCCCCUACCUAGGAUCAAAGGAUUACAAGUUCACCCUAAACUCAAUUUAGCUGCGUUGCUGUUUGCAAACACGUCAGGUGCUGAUACUGUAAAAAACAGGGCUGCAUACACAAGGGAAGGACGAAAGCAACUAUUUGCAGUUCUGCAAAGUGCAAGAGGAUCUUCUGCAUCUGUUUUGAAAGAAAAGCUUUCAUCCUUGGGUGCGUCUGGAAUAUUGGCUGAUCAUCAACUUCAAGCGCAGCUGCAAGAACAUCAUCUGAAAGGCCAUAGUUCACUUACUAUAUCAGACAUUGCUCGGAAGGCUUUCCUCCACAGUCAUUUUAUGGAAGGCCAUGCAAAAAAUGCUCCUAUUUCUCGGUUACCUAUCAUCACAAUUUUAGAUUCUAAACAUCAUUUGAAGGAUGUUCCAGUUUGUCAGCCCUUUCAUUUGGAGUUGAAUUUCUUCAGUAAAGAAAACCGAGUUCUUCAUUAUCCUGUUAGGGCUUUUUAUGUAGAUGGUCAAAACCUCAUGGCAUAUAAUCUAUGCUCCGGUUCGGAUAGCAUCUAUAAGAAACUUUAUACAUCGAUUCCAGGGAAUGUUGAAUUUCAUCCGAAGUUCAUUGUUCAUAGUACAAAGCAGCGUCUAUUUCUUGUAACUUAUGAGUUUAGUGGGGCCACAAAUGAAGUUGUACUCUAUUGGGAAAAUACUGAUUCUCCAACAGCAAACAGUAAAUGUACCACAGUCAAAGGUCGAGAUGCUGCUUUUAUUGGGCCCAAUGAGAAUCAGUUUGCUAUUCUAGAUGACGAUAAGACUGGACUUGCUUUAUAUAUACUACCAGGAGCAAAGACUUCACAAGAGAAUGACAAUGAAAAAGUUCUUGAAGACAACCACAGUGCAGAUACUAAUAACAAUUCUAUCCGUGGACCUAUGCCAUUUUUAUUUGAAACUGAAGUGGAUCGUAUCUUUCCUACUCCAUUAGAAUCAACAUUGAUGUUUUCAUCACAUGGGGACCAGAUUGGCUUGGCAAAACUGGUUCAGGGACAUCGAAAUUCGACAGCUGAUGGUAACUAUAUACCAACGAAGGGUGAGGGGAGAAAGUCAAUUAAGCUGAGAGUAAAUGAGAUUGUACUUCAGGUUCACUGGCAAGAAACUCUUAGAGGGCUUGUUGCUGGAGUACUAACCACCCAGAGAGUGCUUAUGGUUUCAGCUGAUCUUGAUAUACUGGCAAGGAGUUAUGCAAAAUUUGAUAAAGGAAUUCCUUCAUAUCGAUCCCUGCUGUGGAUUGGACCUGCACUCGUUUUUUCUACAGCAACAGCGAUUAGUGUGCUUGGCUGGGAUGGAAAGGUGAGGACCAUUCUUUCAAUCAGUAUGCCUUAUGCAGUUCUUGUCGGUGCUUUGAAUGAUCGCUUAUUGCUUGCAAAUCCAACAGAGAUAAAUCCCAGACAGAAGAAGGGCGUGGAGAUAAGGAGUUGUCUUGUUGGACUUCUUGAACCUCUUCUUAUUGGUUUUGCUACAAUGCAACAACGAUUUGAGCAGAAGCUUGAUCUUUCAGAAAUAUUAUAUCAAAUCACAUCAAGAUUUGACAGCUUGCGUAUCACUCCAAGGUCUCUUGAUAUUUUAGCUGGUGGUCCUCCUGUCUGUGGAGACCUUGCAGUGUCCUUGUCCCAAGCUGGUCCACAGUUUACGCAGGUGUUGCGGGGUAUAUAUGCUAUUAAAGCUCUUCGUUUUUCUACUGCUUUAUCUGUUUUAAAGGAUGAAUUCUUACGAUCUAGAGAUUACCCAAGAUGCCCUCCAACCUCUCAUUUGUUCCAUCGGUUUCGGCAGUUGGGUUACGCAUGUAUAAAGUUUGGUCAAUUCGAUAGUGCCAAAGAAACUUUUGAAGUUAUAGGAGACAAUGAAAGCAUACUUGAUUUAUUUAUCUGCCACCUUAACCCCAGUGCAUUGCGGCGUUUAGCUCAAAAAUUGGAAGAGGAUGGCACAGAUUCUGAACUGAGGCGAUAUUGUGAGCGAAUUUUAAGGGUCCGAUCUACAGGAUGGACACAAGGCAUUUUUGCAAAUUUUGCUGCCGAGAGCAUGGUUCCCAAAGGUCCAGAAUGGGGUGGUGGAAACUGGGAAAUCAAAACUCCCACCAACUUGAAGGCUAUACCACAAUGGGAACUGGCUGCAGAAGUGACGCCAUAUAUGAAAACAGAUGAUGGUUCUAUUCCUUCGAUUGUGGCGGAUCAUAUCGGUGUUUACCUUGGCUCAGUUAAAGGUAGAGGCAGUAUUGUUGAAGUAGUAAGUGAGGACAGCCUGGUCAAAUCUUUUACACCGGCUGGUGGAAAUGUUGACAAGGCCACUGGGCUUCAAACACCCUUAGCAAAAUCCAUUUCUAAUAAAUCCAAGGUAUCUUCUGAUGGCGAGUCAAAGGAUAAUUUGAUGGGUCUGGAAUCUCUUAUGAAACAAUCUUCUAGUUCAGCCUCUGCAGAUGAACAGGCUAAAGCAGAAGAAGAGUUCAAGAAAACGAUGUAUGGUACUGCUAAUGAUGGUAGCAGCAGUGAUGAAGAGAAUGUUUCAAAAACACGAAAGCUGCACAUUAGAAUACGAGAUAAACCAGUUACAUCUCCAACAGUUGAUGUGAAAAAGAUUAAAGAAGCUACGAUGCAAUUUAAACUCGGGGAAGGAUUUGGUCCACCCAUUAGCAGAACAAAGUCAUUGACUGGCAGCACCCAGGACCUUGUGCAAAACUUAUCUCAACCUCCUGCUACAACUGCUUUAACAGCUCCAAUUGUUUCUGCCGCCCCCGUUGAUCCUUUUGGUACAGAUUCAAUGAUGCAACCUGCACCAGUCCUACAGCCUUCUACCCAGGGCACGACUGCCGGAGUUGCGGCCAGACCCAUUCCAGAGGACUUUUUCCAAAAUACAAUUCCUUCUCUUCAGAUUGCAGCUUCCCUUCCUCCUCCUGGAACUUACCUUUCACAGUUAGAUCCAGCUUCCCGUGGAGUUGAGAGCAACAAGAUCUCUUCCAACCAGGCCAAUGCACCUGAAGUUAAUGUUGGCCUUCCAGAUGGUGGUGUUCCCCCUCAAGCCUCUCAGCAACCGGCUGUACCAUUCGAAUCAAUUGGACUACCUGAUGGUGGUGUACCACCACAAUCCUUGGGUCAGCCCAUUGCCAUGCUGCCUUCAGUUCAGCCAGUUCAACCAGCUCAGCCUUCACUUCCUUCUCAGCCUAUUGAUCUCAGUGUCCUAGGAGUUCCAAAUUCUGUUGAUUCUGGAAAGCUGCCUCCACCUCAAGCAACUUCUGUGCGACCUGGACAGGUUCCCCGUGGUGCUGCUGCUUCCGUAUGCUUCAAGACUGGGUUAGCGCAUCUAGAGCAGAAUCAUCUUUCAGAUGCUUUGUCUUGUUUUGAUGAAGCUUUUCUGGCACUUGCCAAAGACCAUUCUCGAGGAGCUGAUAUUAAAGCUCAAGCAACCAUAUGUGCUCAGUACAAGAUAGCUGUGACUCUUCUUCAGGAAAUUGGACGAUUACAAAAGGUACAAGGACCAAGCGCACUCAGUGCCAAAGAUGAGAUGGGCAGACUAUCACGCCAUUUAGGUUCUUUGCCUCUUCUGGCAAAGCAUCGGAUAAAUUGCAUUCGAACUGCCAUAAAACGGAAUAUGGAGGUUCAAAAUUUCGCCUAUUCUAAACAGAUGCUUGAACUUCUCUUCUCCAAAGCUCCUGCAAGCAAGCAAGAUGAGUUAAGGAGCCUCAUUGACAUGUGUGUUCAAAGGGGUUUGAUGAACAAGUCCAUCGAUCCACAGGAAGAUCCCUCGAUGUUUUGUGCAGCCACCCUCAGCCGAUUGUCAACGAUUGGUUAUGAUGUAUGCGACCUCUGUGGUGCUAAAUUUUCAGCUCUAACGUCUCCUGGAUGCAUAAUCUGUGGCAUGGGAAGCAUAAAAAGAUCAGAUGCUCUUGCAGAACCUGUACCUUCACCGUUUGGCUAAACCAAUUUGGCACUGCUUCAAAGAUGAACGUUCAUGGUUUUGGCCAUUAGUGAGUUUGCUUGCAUAUUCCCCAACAAAUCCCCAACACGGCUGAACAGAAUACAUUUGAAGAACUGAUCGAGUUGUUGUAUUAUAUUAUAUAGUUUGUAUGUUUGUAUGUGGGUUUCUUCUUUUCCCUUCCCUCCAUUUUUUGGCCUCUAUUGGGAUCGUUUGUUUUAAUAUAAGUUCCUUCCAUGUAAUUUCUUUGUAGUAAAUGAUUGGUAGCAUUGGCUCAGUUUUGUACAUUUCAUUUACUCUAGUGAGACUAAAGCCUAUUAUUAAAUGUUUUCCCCCUC